AUGGGAAAAUGCCGCGCGUCUAGCCAGGCAGAUGAGAAAACAGCCAUACAGUCAGGCCCCCGAGCCGGCGCUGUUAUAAAUAGCGCUCACCCGCCAUUGUCGUUCUCUUCUUCGUUCGGUGGGUUUGUGCGUUUGUGGUGUGUGUCGGGGCGGGGGUUAUUGUCCUUAUAUCGCCUGCUGCAGGCCCAGCUGCUGAGUGAUGGGGAGCAGGGGAUUCCUACGGCCUGCGGUGCCUUUGCGCAGCAGCCAGCGUGCGGGUAUGUCGCUGCCCAGUCAAACUGGGUGAACUAACGUUGCAGACUAGAAUUUCUAGUGUUAAUGCUUGGAACCGACGAGGGGGACUCGGCUAGCGUCGCCACAGCCUUUGCUGAUUCAUCGCAGUAUCACAACGCCCCAGCCAGGGACAGUGCCCCUUCACAGAGAUUCCAUACUAACCUGAGUGAAGGCAUAAGGUUUGGAGUUCCCCCUGGGGGAGAUGUGCUGUAUGGCUGUCACGCCUAUGUAGUGACUCCUGCGACUGACCUUCAGGCUGGAAGAGGUGGAGAGCCAUGCCUGAUCUCCGUUGCUAUGGAAUUUGCUGACAAAAAGAAUAUCUUCUGCCUGGUGCUGGGCAUAUCCUAACAACUUAAAAUUUUCCUGCAUUGCCCUGUGUGAUCAACUGUCAACUUACUGGGGGAAGAAUGCUUGAAACUUAGGGUCACUUCAAGUAGAUAGCUUCUACUUCCUAUAUUUGUCUUACACAAGUAUCUGGUUUUAUCAAAAUAAUUCUAAUAAAAUAUUUUAAGUAAAUAAGA